UUUCCUGAUGAGGACAAAGAGGAGUACAUCUUCUUUCAGAAAGUCCUAACUGCUGUUCAGAAUUGGUUCAGUCUCUUUGGUUGGUCUAAGGGACCUAAUCCUAUUUCAAUACCAUAUUCACUAAGACGUGAUGUGUGUAAAGUCCAGAUGACUUCUUCUCCAGAGAAGGUUUUUAAACAAAACCUUGGCAAAGAUACUAAGACUAUUUACGACAUGUUACUCCAUCUGAGUGGACAGUUGUUACCAGGCAUUACAUCCAGCCAGUCAUUGUCCUUUGAUCCAACUGAACGAGUAUUGCAGCUCUACUGGCAGCAUUCUGCAUUGCUUACUUUCCUUAAAAGCCAAGGAGCCUGUCUGCCUUAUGUUAUGCCAGAAUUUCUGCUUGAACCUGAUGAUUAUAAGAAGUGGAUUACAGUGCAAACUUUACUGAAGGCUGAAAUGGCUGAGUUGAAAAAAGAUGAUGUGAAGACCUCAGAUGUGUUUAGUGACAUGCAUUUAUUUAUGCUGGAAGAAAAUGUAUUUGAGACAAUGAGCAAACGAGCUUGGACAGAUGUGUUACUGCAGGUGUACAAGGUAUUAGUUCUUCCACGUAUUUCUUCACAUAAUAUCAGUGAUCUGUUUGACUCGGAAGGCAUGCAGAGCAUGCCAAGAAUAAAAUCAGAACCUUUAUCCAGUAAUAUAUAUUCUCCACAUGAGAGAAUCAUCCUCACCUGGCUAAAUAAACAUUAUGAGAAGAAUCGAAAGAUUGUGUGGAAAGAUUGUCAGAAAGGUGAAGUACCACCAAUGAGAUGGGUAGUAAAUUUUGACCGAGAUCUUCUAGAUGGUUUAGUAUUGGCAGCACAGCUGGCAGCUUAUUGUCCAUAUUUGAUUGCUACUCACUUUGUAAGGAUGUAUACUACUCCAAGAACUCCUGAACAGUAUCUGCACAAUUGUUUGAUACUUGUGGAUGCUAUGCGUGCUGUUGGUCUGGCUAUAGACAUAAAGGCCGCUGACAUCUGUGAUCCAAACCCAAUCAUGAUGCUUAUUUUGUGUGUUUACUUGUAUGAAAGGCUCCCUCACUACUUGCCCAAGAAGACUAUUGAAUUUACAGGUGCUCUCCAUGCAACCGUUGUUAAAAAGGUGCAUCUGAAAAACCCAAGCCUUAAAACUUUGGUGUACAACGCUACUCUAGUAGGAAGAGAUGCUGAGAAUUUCUUAUUACCUGAAGGAAGUACCGUCAUCAUUGCCCCUAAGACACAAGCAAGUGUGAAUGUGGAAUUCACUAGUCGUUUUUUGCACCCUGCUGAAGCAAUGUUGCUACUUAUUUCAAAGUCUGUGGGUGGAAUAGGUGGUGCCACACUGACAUUCUCUCUGAAAUCUAAAGUCAAGCAUAUUGAGCCUGCUGAGGUAUUAAAAUGCAAAUCUCCCUGUUAUGAGCUGAAGAAAGUUACUCUUAAUGUUACUAAUCCCUUCAGAACUGAUGGCAUAUUCAGGGUUAUUUUGCUGGAAUCCACAAGUUACUUAACUCGGCCAGAGCAAGUAUGUCAAGCCAGGGAAGUAAAGCAAGAGAAAACAUUCAGUUCUGAAAAUAACAUAUUAAACUAUAAAAAUAGUGCAGUACCUGAAGAUCCAAAUGAGGAGAAGAACAUUAAUGGCUCUGACCAAUCCAGUCUCCUGCAUGAGUUCUUCAGUCCGGUGCAAAUACUAUUCUUGGAAGAGAGAAGUUCUGCAGGCUUAGAGAUUGACUUUCUUCCCUUUAAUCUGGAAAAGCGUUAUUGCACUGUCAUUCUGAUUAAUGAACUGAUUGGAGAAUUUGUAUACCUGGUAGAGGGAACGGGAGAUAUACCUUUGCCUUCACAACUGCUUCCAAUGGAUAGUCCAAAUGUCCUGCAUGUGAGCAGUACAUUAGAAGGUCGGAGUGGGGUAGAGCCUGUUUUGUAUUUGAAAUGUGGUCUCACUCAGAUUCUUGAAGAAAAUCUGAGGAUUCCAUUGAUCAAUGAAGCAAGGGAAAUGGCUCUGGCCAUUGCUGCACAACAGCAGAUGUCGACUAUUGAGUAUGAAAGAAGGAAGAUCACAGGGACUCUGGAGAGCAGUAGUGUCCGAGUUGCAGCCGCAUUAUUAGGGCUAUCCAGAGUAGAGAGAGAUGCACUCUUACAACCCUGCAAAUUUCCCCCAAAGUUAAAGUAUAUGGAUUACAGUGUAGAAGUGAGCAUGCAAGAAUUCUUUGAGGUUCCUGAAAAGGUCUCUAUUCCAGUGUUAGCAUCAAGCAGGGUUAACUUGAAAGUUGCCUCAGAAAAAGACCUCUCACCUCAGAAAUCAGAAAAUGAUGCGGCAGUUGAGCUUCCUAUAAGAUUUAUUCCUCAGUAUGCUGGUCGCUACUGCUGUCAGAUACUUCUGAAGUCCUCCUGUGAUGUUCGUGUUUAUAUGGUUGAAUGUUUAGUGAAUACAGAUUGUGCUGAAGCGGAGCUUGAAUUUCUAUCUCCAGCUGGCCAGGCAGUGAUUCAGGACAUUCCAAUAAGUAAUAUGUCCAGUCAGGACUGGAAACUUGAAGCAGUUCUGGAAGGACAGAGUUUUUAUGGUCCCCCUCUAAUAUAUGUGGGCCCAGGUGAAACAACUCGAUAUCCUCUCAUGUUCAAGCCUAUUGCUGAGUGCAUAACAAAGGGAAAGCUUAUUCUACGAAAUUAUACAGAUGGCACUGAAAACACCUUUAGCCUUAAGGGAAUAGGGAAGAAACCUCUGGCACUGGAUCAUGUUGUGAUAGACUGCCAAGUGAGACAGGUCACUCAAACAGUAUUAAGGGUGCCCAAUUAUACCAAGAACAAGUUAACAUACAAGGUAUCUUCAGAUCUUUCAAUGGUAGGGGGUGCACCAGUUCUUACUGUAGAACCAGAUGAUGCAGUCGCAUACACUUUGACUGUUUCUCCGUGGAAACGAGGAAUUUUUCAAGGCAUAAUUUCAUUUGUUGCUGAAGAUGAAGACCAACAGCAGUCUCAGCAUAACAGCUCACCAGAGAAGACAGAUGCUGAAAAGGCCCUUCAGAAAUCGUCAGCAGAGACACCACCAACUCUUUACAGAGCAAACAUCGGAGGAAGUUCUUCAUGUUGCAAAGUGUGGUUUUCCUUGAAGAUUAACAGCAUACCUGCACCACCUGAAAGAAAGAUAAAUGUGAAAUGCAGAGCUCUGGAUACUAUUGGAAUUGAUAUUCCCAUCACUAAUCCUACAGAUAAAAUUCUCCAGCUGAGUGCAGUGCUAGAGAAUCAUUCACUUUGUGGAAAAAAAGCUUUUGUUCUUAGGCCAAAACAAACACUUCUGUAUCGUAUAAAGUUUUCUCCAGCUGUUGUUGGCACUUCAGAUGGAAGUGUCAUAUUCCUGUCAGAGAUGGUUGGAGAGUUUUGGUACGCUUUGAAGUUGAUUGUAGAGAAACCAUUGCCAACUACUCUACCUGAAAUAGAAUGUGAGCUUGGAAAAUGGGUUCGUCUAUACAUACCUCUGUUUAAUCCUACAUGUGAAACCCUGGAACUGGAUAUUGUUAACAGCAAUCCUAGCAAUUUUUCAGCUGAGACUGAUCCAAAACAGCCUCUGGUUGUAGCUCCUCAUUCCACCACAGAAGUACCCGUGAAAUUCUGUCCAUCUGCCCUUGGAAGAGGCAAUCAUAAGGCAUCAAUAACCUUCAAAUGUUCACAGCUGAAGGAGUGGAUAUUUUACCUUUCUGGGAAUGGUCUUCUUCCUCAACUGAUGGAAGCAACUAGCAUAAGUGCAUGCAUUGAUCGGCAUUCUUCUGUCAUCAUAUCCUUCAAAAAUCCAACUCCUGAAAAUGUAUUGGUAGAUGUGGAGCUAACAGAUCAGGAGCAGUCCAGUCAUCAGCUCAGUGAAUCUGUCCUACCUGAGCCUGUCUGUAAGAAAUCUGCUUUCCAUCUUCUGCUCAAACAGACACGAGGAAUCCCAUUAGCUCCUAAAGGAAAACUGGGCAUCCCAGUGUUAUUCAUGCCAGUUACAAUGAAAAUGUGUGAAGCUGUGGUGGUAAUUCAUGCAACAAGGGAGAAUGGUGAAAACUGGCCUGAUGAGGAUUCUGCUGAAUUAAAUAAAGACUUAAAGAGUGUUACUGUGGCAGAGAAUGGAGGAAUUCGGGGAAUACGUUGGAUCUACCCAGUUCGUGGAAUACCUGAAGCACCACAACAGAAAUUAGUUCCGGCUGUGGUACGCUGUCGAGCCAGGCAUAGAGUAGAAAAAAGAGUGGAAGUGCUGCUGGCCGGUGUAGUUCCUGGAGCAACUGCUAUGCCUGCUGCAAGAAGUUCUUCAGUGGUUGAUACAAAUAAGCCGGGCAACAUCCAAGAUGAAGUUCAAGUCACUGAUGGUUUUUCUACAACAGUGGAAUUUCUGUAUGAAUUGAAAUAUCAAUCAGAUAAAAUUAAAUCUCAGCUUGACUCUUUGGUGGGUAUACAUCUAAUGCAAAAAGAACGAGAUACAGAGUCUGGAAUUAUAACACUGAUUUUUAAUAUAGUGUUUGCACCUAACAAACCAAUGAGGAAUGCAGCAACUCUAGUAGUACAGUGUGCCACAGGAGGAAUCUGGAAGUUUCCAAUACUGUUCAUCGCUAUGGAGCCAGAAGUGGAUGAUGUUAUCAACAUUGAAGCAGCUGGCCUGAAUAAGGAAACUAUAGUUGGCUUUAAGCUUACAAGCCAGACAAGGUACCCAGUGCCAUUCACUGCAUACUUCCUGGCAGGCAGUGAUCCUGAGUUUGUCGUACUGCCGCAAGCUGGGGAACUUCUCCCAGUAGGCACUGUUGGAACCCAUAUAACAGUGGGAUUCAAGCCAAGAAUGUACGGCAAGAAGCAUAGAGCAAUACUUGUAAUUCAGACAACGUCAAUGCAGUGGACGUAUGAAAUCAAUGGACUGCCUCCACAGACCAUAUCACCUACAAGGCCAGCAAAAGUGGUUUCUACUAGCAGUUACAUGAGAUCAGCCACAGUUCGACAGCGCAAUUUUGUACGUGAAAAUCUAAAACUUACAACCACUGCAGUAUCCUCACCAGUCAAAGGUGCACCUGUGAUCCUGAGGACAACACAGAGAAACCUGUGAUAAUUUACCUUUGGUGAGGGCAGGGGGAGGGUUGGCACUUUUGUGAAAUAAACUCUGCAGAUACAAAGAAGAGAUGUUUUCUGAUAUUUUUUAAAAGCAGAUGUGGUAUGCAUUGAUCGUAUACUUUAUGUGGAGGAGUUGCAGUGCCUGAGCUCUAGUAAUGCUCUUAUUUUUCUAUAAGAACAUAAAAGUAACAGAAGAGUUCUGGUGAAAAGUGUUUCAAAUGAUGGAGGUUUAGGAACUUAAUUGCUUAAGCUGAUGGAGGAGUUGAAUUUUUCGACUGGUGGCAAUACUAGGGAUUUUAGAUGUCUACCUAUAUCACAAAGCUGUAAGCCAGUCCUUUUAUUGAGAAAAGACUGAUUUGAAAAAAUAUAGUUGAAAAUUUGGGGACUUAGGUUAAUGCUGUGCUUUCUAAGGAAUGUAAGUUUUUUUAAGACUGUAAUGGGAAGCCUUAAUGAACCUUCUGUGUAAUGCGCAAUGCAUUAAACCCGUGCAAACCAAGCAAGCAAACCAAUCCCUGAUCUCUUUCAUGAUAAAAUGCUCACCCAACGUUUGCCGUAUUUUGCUAAUGUUAAACUGGUCCAUAUGUCACAGGUUCAUAGACUGAAUGCCUUUCAGUUUCUCUUGAUUUGGAAAAUUUCAUUAAUUCUGACAUCUCUGCAUUGUACAAACAAACAGUCCUGAUCUAAGCAUCCCAUAAC